AUGUUUGUAAAAAGUGGUUGUCGAUCAUUAAGAAUAUUUGGAAGACAUAGAAGACAAUAUACUAAACAAAUAGCUAGAAGUCUUAAUUAUAUACUUAAUAAUUCAAAAUGUUUUGAUUUAACUCAAUUAUGUGUUGUUAAAGGACAUCAUUGUUGGCUUGUUCAUGUUGAUAUAUCUGUCCUACGCUAUGAAGGAAAUCUUCAUGAUGCAUGUUCAUUUGCUAUGAAAGCAGCAUUAAGUGAAACAAAAGCUCCAGCUUUAAAAGUGACUCAUGAUGAAGAAACUAAUGAAGUUUCAGUCGAUGUCUGUGAUGAUCCAUAUCAAUAUGGUGCUCUUAAUGUAUCAAAUUUACCUGUACUUAUUACUGUUGGACAAAUAAAUGGAGUUCAUACUGUUGAUACAACAAUUAAAGAAGAUUCCGUUACUUUAGCAAGAAUAACUUAUGGGAUAAAACCGUCCGGUUCUAUUGUGUAUAUGAAUAAAGAUGGUGGGGGCAGUCUUGAUCUACUUAAUAUUCGUUCGAUGGCAAAAAUUGCUAGUGAUAUUGGUCCACAUAUGAACGAAUUAUUAAUGAAAAAAGUACAAUUAAGUAAAGAAAAGCAAGCUUUAUGGGGUCAUGCUAAUGAACGACUUCUUUUUGAUAAUGAUAAUUUCGUAUGA